GCAAGAAUGAAUUGCAAGUGGAAAAUCAUGGCUGAUUCCUAUCACCCACCUUAAGGACAAGGUGGUUGUUGAUUUGUUGUGCAGUACUCUGUUAUUACUACUUGUAUUGAUUUAUUGUGUGUUUAUGUUGCAGGCUUGCAGCAAUGGCUUUGUCCUUACAACGUUAUACAUGGACAGAACAGAAUAGCCGUUUUACUCAACUUUUGAAAGAAAGAAGUAGAGAACAAAAAGAAAGGUCAAUGGCAAUCAGAAUAGAGACGGCAGUUCAUUUGCCUGAAAGCUUGAUCAUAGAGGUUCUCUCAUGGCUGCCAGUAAAAGAACUGCUACAAUACAAGAGUGUGAAUAAAACAUGGCAUGCUAUAAUAUCAAGUCCUUAUUUCAUAUCGAAACAUCUGAAAAACUAUUAUCAUAGAGGCAACAAUCAGGUUUGGAACGGGUGUCUUCUAAUCCAGCGUUAUGUUGCUCAAGCUGAACUCCAGGUGUUUGAGUUGUUUCUGGAUCGAACUCCCCGAGUUUUAGCUGAUGAAGUGUUGUAUGGUGUUAGUGCAAUUAUUUGGCAACAUAUUUUGCAUUAAAGAGAGUUGAUCACAAAAGUUAAUGAGGCUUAAUGAUGGCUGUUGUAACGGAUUUGUGUUUAUUAUUGGAGUUAGCAACGAUAUUAAGGCAAGAGGUUACUUAUUUUGAGCUGGCUAGCAUUAAUGACGAGUUGUGAAACCGUCGGGUCCGAACCGUCAAGUCGAACCGUCAGUAACGGACAACUGGAGCUGGUGGAGCAUUCACAGGGCCCAAUGACAAUUAUUGUAACGUAUUUAUGUAUUAUUAGCCUCCUUAAUAUGAUAUUAAUUGUAAUUGACCGGCCUUUAUGACAGAUUUGAAUUCGUCAUAAAACGCGGCGAACCCGUCAGUAACGUAAAAAAUCAUCAUUAGGGCUUUAGUUACAUUUCCUAUAAAUAACAUAGCCUCAUUGUAAUCAGGGCAGCUGAAACAUUCGAAUAAUACACAAGUUUUCAUUCUUG